AUGAGGGACGAGCGUGCCAGUCCUCCGCGCGUGCGCAUCGCUGUCAUUGGAAGCUCUCGCGUUGGCAAGUCUGCUCUUAUCGUACGAUACCUUACUAGGAGAUAUAUAGGAGAAUAUCAUUCAAAUACAGAUCUCCUCUACAGACAAACGGUUCCAAUAAAUGGAACUCCAGUUGAAUUAGAAGUAAUUGACGUAUCUGGAUCGAACGCUGACAAAUUUCCGUCUGAACAGAUUCAGUGGGCUGAUGCCUGUCUUCUUGUUUACUCCGUUACGGAUAGAAGUAGUUUCGACUACGCCACAGAGAUUUUAAACACAUUAAAAAGAACGCCUAUGCAUGGAAGCCCAGCCCAUGGACCAGCGGGAGCGCAGUCAGGAAUGCCUCUCGCACUAUUGGGGAACAAAACAGACUUAGAUCAUCUACGACAGGUACCAACAAAAGAGGGUCAAGCUGUUAGCGUAGCGUACGGUGCCACGUUCAGUGAAGCGAGUGUGGCCGACAAUUCCGGCGAUCUCUAUCGUUGCGUUGACCGCUUGUUAGCUGAAGUACGCACUCCACAGCGAACGAGAAAAUUUUCUGUGACGAAGAUGUUAGGAUCUUUAAUAGGUGGAGCAACGAAUAAUAACCAAACAACCCGCGGAUCCGUAGUGGCGUGCCCGAGAGUGCCCGCGCCGUCGAGGCCUCCACUAGCGGCCGCUGCACCCUGACCGACCCUGGAACCCACGGACCGCGCACGCUGACGUUUCGCCGGUGCCGUAUGCCUCGUCUGUCUACCAGUACCAUCACGAUUCUCAUCACCACUGCCUAAUAUGUAAACCUCUUCCGCAAAAAAAAUAUGAAGACAUUUCUUCGUUGAGAAGAGGAUAAACACAUUUUUUGGUUUCAUUUUACAGUGAUUGGUGGUUGAAGACAAUGCGCCUAAGUGCUGGUGUAUUUUUAAGCUUUAAAUUUCCGUUGCUUUGUUUUUUUAGGUGUAUUUUAUGAUAUUAUAAAUCUUAUUUACAAUAUGACAAAAUACACCUAAAAGAACUUAGCAAAAUACAUAUUUUAUCGUAACUUUGACAAUAAUCAUAUCUUGGAGUCAUCGUUAGUAAAGAUACCUGAUAGAUAUCGUGCCAAAGAACUAAAAUGACUAUAUAUGAUAAACGAUGUAAAAGGACACAUUUUUAGAGAAAAUUUUCUUACUUUUUCACUUUAUGCGCAAACGGGGACCCAAAAUCCAGUAGAUCAAUUUCAUUGUAUAAAUUAUGAAAAUGUUAAUUACGUAUUUUUUUUAUACUGUAGAAAAUAAAACGUUCUCUAUAUAUCUACAAAAUAUCUUAAAUAUUUAGAAUUAUGAUGAGACGAUCAUUUGUGACUCGAUAAAAACUUUUUAUAUAGGUGUAACAAUACACUAGGUACAUACAAUUAGUUAAAAUUCAUACACGAUUUUCUACUUUUGCAUUGUAUUAAUCGUAAGAAUUUUUAUGGUAUACAUAACAAUUUUUACUACUUACUGUAACUUGAAAGAAGAAAGAAGGGAUACAUAUAUAGAACUAUUGCAAAUUUUUAAGGCUGCUUUUCUAUAAAUGUAUUUCUAUAAAGAUCAUAUUAUUCUCACAAAAAUUUAAUUUUGCUAAUCUAUAGUAUAAUCCACAACUAGGCUAUAUCAACAAUGGCAAAUAGAUAUAAAAUAGCUUAUUGUAACAAUAACAAAGUAUGAAAAAAACACUGUUCUUUUAAGAAUUGACAUUCCGAUUGAAAGUAUGAAAAAACUGUAAAGUUCUUAUUCGUGUGAGUUUCAGAUUUUUUUGCAUUAUUUAUUAGUUUCAAAUUACUUAUACAUAUGAACAAAAAUUCGAAUAUAUUAGAUA